GCCCACUUACCACGCCCACCAAAUGACCAUAAACAUGAAGCGCGCCAUGUGAAAUUGUCGAUGAUUAAUGUUGCGUUUAGAAUGUUUUCCUUAAUUUUCUAACGUGCAGAAUCAUUAUGAACGAAGGAGGCAUAAUCAAAAAGCUAGAUGACAUUGUCAUCAACAGAAUUGCGGCAGGGGAGGUGAUUCAAAGACCUUCAAAUGCAUUGAAAGAGAUGUUGGAAAACAGUUUGGAUGCUAAGGCGACAAGCAUUCAGAUUGUGGUCAAGGAUGGCGGCAUCAAGAGUCUUCAAAUUCUGGACAAUGGGACUGGAAUUCGGCUCAAGGACAUGGACAUUGUGUGCGAAAGGUUUACCACAAGCAAGCUGCGGAAAUUUGAGGACCUGGCCACAGUGGGAACUUAUGGCUUUCGAGGAGAAGCUCUGGCCAGCAUUAGUCAUGUGGCUCACGUAACGAUCACCACAAUGACAGCUAAUGCUAAAUGUGCCUUCAAGGCAACGUACGUUGAUGGGAAAAUCCAAGGACAACCCAAGCCUUGCGCAGCAAACCAGGGGACUAAAAUUUUGGUUGAAGAUCUUUUCUACAAUGUGAAAACACGAAGAGACGCUUUAAAGCCGAGUGAAGAGUUCAGCCGAAUUUGUGAUCUUGUGAGCAAAUACUCAAUCCAAAAUGCACAAACAGCAUUCAGCCUGAAGAAGCAAGGUGAGACGACGGCGGCAGUCAGCACUCCGGUGAGCUCGAGUGCUAAAAGCAACAUUCAGCUCAUUUACGGAUCUGACAUCGCAAAAGAACUUUUUGAAAUAAAUGCUGAGGACAACGAUCUGAAACUGAAGUUAACAGGCCAUGCCACCAGUGGGAGAUACAAAGGAGGGCGCUUGGAGUUGAUUAUUUUUAUCAACGGCCGACUAGUUGAGUGUCCCAGCAUAAAAAAAUUGGUGGAAUUGGUUUAUAUGGAGCAUCUGCCGUCAAAAUCAUACCCCUUUGUGUACCUAAGUCUUGAAAUGCCCCAGCGGUUUGUAGACGUCAAUGUCCAUCCAACCAAAGAAAGUGUAGAAUUCCUCAACGAACGGGCCAUCAUCGAGAGGGUUGGACAGGAGCUGAAAGAGAAGUUGAACGCCAACCACAAGUCCAAGAGCCAGGGGGUGCUGGUCGAACCUAGUAAACCCGUGCAGGCGCUUGUCAUUGACCAGGAACAGGCAAAAAAGCCAACAUCAAAAAAUUCGUCAGGCCCUAAACGGAGCAGCUGUGAUCUCGACAGCAUCAAGGAGCUGAGGAAAGAGAUUGAUGAGUUGUGCAGCCCUGAUUUACAAGACAUCUUCAGCACACACACUUAUGUUGGAGGAGAUUGGCAAAAGGCGGUUGUUUUUAUUCAGCACCAGACCAAAUUGUGUAUGUUUCAAGUGCAAGAAGUUUGUUCGGAAUUUUUUUAUCAGUUGCUCAUCAAUCAAUUUGCCAAAAUUGGUCAGCUGAGAUUCAAAACCCCCUUGGAUCUGCAAUCGGCAGCUCUGGAAGCUCUCAAUUUGGAGGAAUGUGGAUGGGAAGAGAGUCACGGGCCAAAAGAGGAACUUGCCUCGGCAAUUUCAGCCUUCUUAACACAAAAGCGGGCCAUGCUCGAAGAAUACUUUGGCAUUGUUAUUGACGCCGAGGGGAAAAUGUUGGCAUUCCCCUUGUUGCUGGACAACUAUGUGCCCAACUUUGGAGAGCUGCCCAUGCUGAUUGUAAGACUUGCCACUGACGUUGAGUGGGACGAGGAGCGACAAUGUUUCCAAAGCGUUUGCCGAGAAAUUGCUUCAUUAUACGCACAUCCAGAGCUUGGUUUAGAGACAGUCAGUGUUAAGGAACAAGAUGAGCACGGAACUAUAGAAUUUAAUACAGUGAUGGAGAGUGUAGUUAUGAGAGCAAUGAGGACAGAAUUUAUGCCACCGAAGAGUAUCCUAGAAAAGCACCAUUUGCUUCAAGUGGCAAGAACUGAAGACUUAUACCGAAUUUUUGAGAGAUGCUAAAUUCCGUUAAUCAAGCACAUAAUUUAAUAUUACCAAGAAAAUGUCUGUAAAAAAUUCGUAUACUCAUCAACUAAAUUAUAUUUUUUCCAUUUUACAAUCUCAAUAAAUAUAAACACAUCUGAUAUUUAAAAUAUACAAUUG